AUGUCGCAUGUGGCCGAGCACUUAAAUGCGCCAUCGUCGUACCGCGACUCUCGCGCACGUAGUUCUGCGCAUGAGCAGCAGAUGGCGAUUGCUCGGAGCGCCACGCUGUAUAUCGGAAACUUGUCUUUCUACACCACCGAAGAACAGAUGUACGAGCUGUUUGCUCGUGUAGCCAAUGUCUCAGGCGGGGGUGGCAUUAAGCGUAUCAUUAUGGGCCUCGACAGGAAUACCAAGACCCCAUGUGGAUUCGCCUUUGUUGAAUUUUACUCGCAUGAAGAAGCGGUGGAUUGCAUGCGUUUUGUGUCUGGCACCAAGCUCGAUGAGCGUGUGAUUCGUUGCGACUUGGACCCAGGCUAUCGUGACGGACGCCAAUACGGCCGUGGCCGUUCAGGUGGUCAGGUCCGCGAUGAGUACCGCCAAGAGUACGAUGCGGGCCGUGGCGGUUGGGGUCACAACCGAAUGCGUGAAGAAGAAGAGAAGAAGCGUCAGGAAGCGCUGGCUCGUGAACGUGAGCGUCAUGAACGUCGUGAAGAAGUGUACCAAGAAGUGCAAGGCGUGGCAGAUGCUCACAAAGCGCCUACCGGUGCCGAUGCUGAAUACUAUGAGACGGAACAUGCAGCGCGUGCGGGCACGAGCACUAGUGCUGCGACAGGUGCACCAGAGACCACAUCGAAGCGCCAGCGCGAUGACGACUCGCCUGAGCCAUUAUCGAAGAAUCCACGUAUGGACGAGUAA